UGACGUUGCAGUAGACCAGGAAUUACGCUACAAUUCAUGAUCUCCUCUCAUCCUAACAUGCACUCAUUUCUGGGCGCAACUUGACGUCAACGCGCAGUUCUCAUCCGAGUAUUAAUCAAAUUAUGCACACCCUGUUUUCAUUCGGACUAUGUCUUGGGAACAUUGUACAUCUAUCCAUCUCAACUUCUCGGAGGUGUCUCCCGAAUACUUUGCUCCAAAAGUCUCAAGGCAGGGAAUGUGUUUCUGAACAUAAAACUGCAUGAAGUUUGGUUGCAUGUGUGCAUCAAGUGGCCAACAAUAGAUUGAGCCAUGGGAAACGUGUUCAGCUGGCUCAUACAGCCAGUCAGUGAUGAUGAGGUGUUUCCCACCAAUCAGGAGUCUGAAGAGGGUACAGCUCCUGAGCAGGAGUCAGAGGGACCUGAGGUCACUAGGCCCCUGGAGACCUUACCGGAAGACAUCCUGACUAGCAUACCUGUUGUAACAAAGGAGGCAUCUCAGUUAAUCGUGGGACUUGUUGCAGAAGCUAGCGAAGAGCUGCAAUCCGUGGCUCUUGCAGCCCCAGAGGCACUUGGCAUUAUUCCAUACCCUGAAGUGCCUGAGCAGCACAAGCCUCAGGGCUUGGCAGUUGAUCUCCAGGACACCAGUGUAUUUGGAAAAGAACCUUUGAAAGAGCCAGACCCGAUUCCUCAGACUGUACCUGAACCCAAUCUGGUCAGAGAAUCUGAAGCAAACACAGAUUUUUUUCCAGAACCAGAAUCCAUCACAACUCUCCUACCAGAGAAUGUUCCUGGACUCAAACUCAUGACAGAAUCUGUACCAGCCCUGGAAUCCAUUCCAGAACCUGAAUCCAUCACAGAUAAGUUUCCAAAACCUAUUCUUGAACCCAAAUUAAUCACAGAACCAGAACCCAACUCAAAAUGUGUUGCAGAACCUGAAUCGAUCCCAGAUGAAGUACCAGGGCUUGUUCCUGAACCCGAACUCAGCACAGAUACAGAAAUAACCCCAAAAUACGUUACUGAACCUGAAUCAAUUACAGACCUACGAUCAGAGUCUAUUUCCGAAUUUAAACUCAUCACAGAUAUGGAUAUAACCAUUAAAUGUGUUCCAUGUCAAGUACAACAAUCUGUUCCUGAAUCCAAACUCAUUGCAGAAACAGAACCAACCCUAAAAUCAAUUCCAGAUUCUGAGUCAAGCACUGAUCUAUUAGUAGAACAUAUUCCUGAACCCAAAUUCGUUAUAGAAUCAGAACCAAUUCCGAAAUUUAUCACAGAGCCGGAAGCCAUUCCAGACCAAGUACCAGUACUUGUCCCUGAACCAACACGUAUCACUGGUACAGAAAUAACCCCACCAUGUAUUACCGAAACUGAAUCACUUUCAGAGCUACGAUCAUAUUCAGAGCUAAUCCCGGAAUUUAUUCCAGAACCGGAAUCCAUCCCAGACCCAGUUCCUGAACCCAAACUCAUCACAGAUACAGAAAUAUACCCAGAAUACCUUACAGAACCUGAAUCAAUGACAGAUCUACGAUCAGAGUAUAUUUCCACAAAGUUCCAGAGCCUGUUCCUGGACCCCAACCCUUCCAACAAUCUGAACCAUCCCUAG